AUACCGGAGAGACAACACGGCCAUUAGAAGGCUUUGACGGAACGAAGAAACAAGAAGAAUCGGAGCAUAAGGUUGCGAUGGAAAUAUACAGAUGUCGAAAAUGUCGUCAGAAUCUGGAGGUGCAGAAUUCUGUUAUCAAGGACUUUGCUUGUUGUGAUGUGAAUAGCAGCCAGUCAAGUGUUUUGUACUUAGAUGUGGAUACAUGUCCAGAAUGGAUUGUUCAAUCAUUUGAACAGGCCAGUUGGAUCAAAGGGAAAUUACUCUGUUUGAAAUGUAAAGGAAGGUUGGGUUCAUUUGAUUUUGUUAAUCAGAAGAGCUGCACCUGUCAGCAACAUACAAUACCUGUGGCACAUUUGCUGACCAACAGAAUUGAUCAUGUUCAGAAAAGAGUCAUUCCUGUCGUUCAGUACAGAGAUUCUAAAAUGGCAAAUACUUCUACUGGAUACUCCUGCUCAAGCUACAGUAUUUGCACAGCUACAGUUCCCAUACAAAAAUGUGAAGAAAAUAAUGCCAAAACUGACAUUGAAAGAGACAAAAGUACCAUACGCUCAGAGCAUUCAGAAAGGAACAGUAUAAUUCUGCAUGAUAGACAUGUACCUCAAAACUGCUGUGGACAGGUUGAUUCUUUUGAUAAUCCUGGUAUGACCUUAGGGGAAAACUUUCAGUCACUUGAUGGUAAUUUAUGUGAAGCAGAUUUGUCAAAUUAUAACAAGUUUGACGUGUUGAAUGAAGUUGAAGCUGACCCAGAUGAUGCCAGGGAGGAAAACGACUCAAAAGAGGAAGGAAAAGAAACAGACAAAGAGGUACCUGACAUUCCCACAGAGCUAACAUGUGCUGUAUGUUUAGAGAUGUUUUAUCGUCCACAUCACUGUGACCCCUGCAAUCACAUCUUCUGCGAACACUGUUUACGUCAGGUGUGCAGACAGAAGCCCACAUUAACUCCAUGCCCGUUAUGCAGGGAAGUCAUUCGCAAAUGCGUUUUUCGAAAUGAUUUGACGGAACUUAUAAAUACACAGUAUGGAACAUUGUAUAAAGAAAGACGUCACGAGUUGCGCAAAAGGAGGAAAGACAAUUAUCCACUGCCAAGUUGUACACCAGGUCAGCACCUGCGCUAUAUGCAAAGACAGCAGCAACAGAGCAGCACAACACCAUGGACAUAUAGAAGAGAGCAAAAUUUUAUAAUUCAGGGUUGCUUUCAGGAAAUAUUAGUACGAUUUGCAUGGUUGCUGUUGAUUUUUCUAAUUCACAACACUUUAUUUCAUUUAGAUACCUGGCUCAUGUGGGAUGUUUACGCUCCAUUUUCCCUUAAUUUCAAUUCCUUCCUCCUAGCAUUAACAUGCAAAUUAGUUCUUUUUGGGAUAAUUUAUUGUGUGAAGAAAUAUUUUUAUAUUCACAUGGAAAAUGAGUUUAUGGGCCAAGCAGUUUUGUUUGUAUUUAUAUUUUCUGUUUUAUGGGACAAUAAUUCCUGGAUACAGUCUAUGCUCAGUAUGGUCGUAUUAGGAUCAUUAUUUCUGUGAAAGGUAUGUCUGUGAUUUAAGCUUACAAAGCAAUCAUUAUUUAUAUACCUUACUAUAAAUUGUAACAAAACCAUGUAGCCCAGUCCAAACAACUUAAAUAACUGUAAGUCGGCAAUAUAACCAGAAACGGGCACUAAGUAAAAGUCAAUAAAUGGAAGACCUGUGCCUUUGAGUGAUAAUUAUGCCCUUCUUCAAAGAAGGAGGGGUAUAUUGUUUUGCAGAUGUCUGUUGGUCGGUCGGUUGGUAUGUAGACCAAUCCGUUUCCGGAUGAUAACUCAAAAAUGCUUGGGCCUAGGAUCAUGACAGUUGAUAGGAUGGUUGGUCAUAACCAGCAGAUGACCCCUAUAGAUUUUGAGAUCAGUAGGUCAGAUGUCAAGGUCACAGUUACACAGAACAGUUAAACGGUUUCCGGAUGAUAAAUCGAGAACGCUUGGGCCUAGGAUCAUGAAAGUUGAUAGGGAGAUUGGUCAUGACCAGCAGAUGACCCCUAUUGAUUUUGAGGUCAGUAGGUCAAAGGUCAAGGUCACAGUGACCCAGAACAGUUAAACGAUUUCCGGAUGAUAACUCAAGAACGCUUGGGCCUAGGAUCAUGAAAGUUGAUAAGAAGGAUGACCAUUACCAGCAGAUGACCCCUAUAGCUUUUGAGAUCAAUAGGUCAAAUGUCAAGGUCACAGUUACACAGAACAGUUAAACGGUUUCCAAAUGAUAAAUCAAAAACGCUUGGGCCUAGGAUCAUAAAAGUUGAUAGGGAGGUUGGUCAUGACCAGGAGAUGACCCCUCUUGAUUUUGAGAUCAGUAGGUCAAAGGUCGAGGUCACAGUGACCCGGAACAGUUAAAAUGUGUCUGGACAAUAACUUGAGAAUGCUUGGGCCUAGGAUCACAAAACCUAAUAGGGAGGUUUAUCGUGACCAGCAGAUGACCCUUAUUGAUUUUGAGGUCAAUAGGUCAAAGGUCAAGGUCACUUUGAUCAAGAACAGACAAACUUUUGUGUACAGUGACCAAAUAAUUUAUGUUCCUUGUGCAAUUACUGAAUGCGUCAAGGGGGGCAUUUCGUGUUCGACGAGCUCUUGUGUCUCUAGAAGAUAAUAAUAGCCAUAGGGAUGGUGCCUUAGAGUGAUAAUGGCACCGCUUUACCAUUUAUUUACCUGUUUAUUACAUAUAACAAUAAGAAAAGUAAGAAUUUUGUAGUGUAGUAUUUUCAUUUUUAUUUGUAGUUCAAAGUUCAAUUUUAAUGAAACUAAAGUAUAUUAUUUAUUGUACUUGAAACAUUUUAACAACAUUUUUACUAGCAUUUUUUAAUAUUUUCAAUCAGUGUGUCACAGUAUCAUAUAUCAACACGUAUCAAAAUCACCUGCUCCACGUAAGCGUUUUAUAUAGACAUAACAAGUUUUUCUUUACUUCAGAAUAAUGCCAAUUUAAUUUUAUUUUCGCCAAAAAAGGAAUUGGCGAAUAGCAGCGGAAACCUUGCCAUACAGCACCAUUAAAUGUCGUCCUAUGAAAAAAAAAGAAAUUUGGUUGAAUUUUUUAUUUUUCAAGUGAACAUUACUACCACGUCCCGUGUUCACAAAAUAUUUUCAUUCUCGGCUGAGUUAGAUAAUAAAACUUAUUUCUCAUUUAUAUCUAAAUAGCAUGCUUAAUACUAAAUUUUAAGUUAAUAACUAUUUUAAAGUGACUAUUCAGUAUUUAUGGCCGGUCUCAUUUGGAAUUUAAGCUUGAAGGUUUAGUAAAAUUGAUACUAAAUUUUCAAAUGAGACCAGAAAAUGAUUUGUGAACACGGGGCCAGGACUGCAUAAGAAGGAGAUACAUCACAUUUUUUUGCGUUAAAAGAAACAACUUCUUCAUAAUUGUGAAAUCCUGAUAAUGCAUUUUCAAUAUCUUGUGAUGCGGCAAGUAAUAAUUAGGAGUGAUAUGCCAGGGAUCUCUCUCGGACCCAUUCCUUGUUUUGGUGACAUGUUUCGUAAAUGCUACAUAUUCUGUACCAUCUGCAGUAAUUCCUACGUCUUAGUUCCCCAGAAAAUUGUAAGAUGUUCUUGACGACCUCUCAGUUCAAAGGGAAUCGUGUUGUUAAACCACGUCAAGUUGAGCAAAGCUUGUGGAGGUUCUGAAAGGAAACAAACAAAUGCAACACACAAAAAAACAAUCAUAUCUCAUAUACGUUUCUUAUGCAAUUUUUAACAAAUGUAUAUAUAACCGCUGCGGUAGCCUAGUGGUAGAGCGCCCGCUUCGAAUGCGGGAGAUCGUGGGUUCGACCCCUGGCCGUGUCACAGCAAAGAAGUAAAAAUGGUAUUAGUAGCUUCCUCUCUCAGCUCUCAGCAUUAAGAGGAUAGUCCUAGGGCUGGUAUUAUAAAGCAUUAUUAAUCCCCCGCCGUGGCGGAGGGAUUAUAGGAAUGGUCUCUGUCCGUCCUUCCGUCCGUCUUUCCGUCCGUCCUUCCGUCCGUAACAAAAUCGUGUCCGGUCCAUAUCUCCUAAACCCCUUGAAGGAUUUUCAUGAAACUUGGGUCAAAUGAUCACCUCAUCAAGGCGAUGUGCAGAACCCAUGAGUCAGCCUUGUCGGUUCAAGGUCAAGGUCACAACUCAAGGUCAAAGGUUUGAGCCUGCCAUUUUGUGUCCGCUCUAUAUCUCCUAAACCCCUUGAAGGAAUUUUAUAAAACUUGGGUCAAAUGAUAACCUCAUCAAGACGAUGUGCAGAACCCAUGAGUCAGCCAUGCCGGCUCAAGGUCAAGGUCACAACUCAAGGUCAAAGGUUUGAGCCUUCCAUUUUGUGUCCGCUCUAUAUCUCUUAAAUCCCUUGAAGGAAUUUUAUAAAACUUAGGUCAAAUGAUCACCUCAUCAAGAUGAUGUGCAGAACACAUGAGUCAGUCAUGCCGGCUCAAGGUCAAGGUCACAACUUAGGGUCAAAGGUUUGAACCUUCCAUUUUGUGUCCGCUCUAUAUCUCCUAAACCCCUUGAAGGAUUUUCAUCAAACUUGGGUCAAACUAUCACCUCAUCAAGGCGAUGUGCAGAACUUAUAAGUCAGCCUUGUUGGCUCAAGGUCAAGGUCACAACUGAAGGUCAAAGGGUUGAGCCUUCCAUUUCAUGUCCACUCUAUAUCUCCUAAACCCCUUGAAGGAAUUUUAUAAAACUUGGGUCAAAUGAUUACCUCAUCAGAACGAUGUGCAGAAAUUAUGAGUCAACCAUGCCAGCUCAAGGUCAAGGUCACAACUAAGGGUCGAAGGUUUGAGCCUUCCAUUUAGUGUCCACUCUGUAUCUCUUUAACCCCUUGAAGGAUUUUCAUCAAACUUGGGUCAAAUGAUCACCUCAUCAAGAACUCAUGAGUCAGCCAUGUCAACUCAAGGUCAAGGUCACAACUGAAGGUCAAAGGUUUCAGCUCUGUAUCUCCUAAACCCCUUGAAGGAUUUUCAUGAAACUUUGGUCAAAUGAUCACCUCAUCAAGACGUUGUGCAGAAUUCAUGAGUCAGCCAUGUCAGUUCAUGGUCAAGGUCACAACUGAAGGUCAAAGGUUUCAGCUCUGUAUCUCCUAAACCCCUUGAAGGAUUUUCAUGAAACUUUGGUCAAAUGAUCACCUCAUCAAGACGUUGUGCAGAAUUCAUGAGUCAGCCAUGUCAGUUCAUGGUCAAGGUCACAACUGAAGGUCAAAGGUUUCAGCUCUGUAUCUCCUAAACCCCUUGAAGGAUUUUCAUCAAACUUGGGUCAUAUGAUCGCCUCAUCAAGAACUCAUGAGUCAGCCAUGUCAACUCAAGGUCAAGGUCACAACUGAAGGUCAAAGGUUUCAGCUCUGUAUCUCCUAAACCCCUUGAAGGAUUUUUAUGAAACUUUGGUCAAAUGAUCACCUCAUCAAGACGUUGUGCAGAAUUCAUGAGUAAGCCAUGUCAGUUCAAGGUCAAGGUCACGGCUAAAAUCAAAGCUUUUACCCUUUCACGAUCCAUAGCAGUGGCGGGGGAUUUAGCUGUCUUUCAGACUGACUUGUAAAGUUGGGCAUUGUGCUCACUGCUACAAGUAGACACCAUCGUUUAUAUUACGAAAAAAUUGUUGAGAGACGUUAAACCCGAACACACACACACACACACACACACACACAAAAAUGUAAAUAGGAAGAGGAUAAACGCUAUUUUAUUAACACAGUAGCGUUGUUUGUGUUGUGUGGAUUUUCGUAAAAUGUCUCCCCAUACAUUCAAUUAGAGCUGUCAUAUUUUGAUCUUUUCAGAUCAUUCAGCAUGACAGUUCUUUUGUGUAAGUGGUUCUGUUUAGUUUUUCAGCUUGAACAUUUCGGCUUUGUUGAUUCCAAUGCUCCUGCUUUCAUAGCCUUGAGUAUUGCAUAUUCACCCAUUGGAUAUGAUUCCUCCUUUUUUAAUUGUCUUUUGGAAGUUUCUGUUACGUGCAGGCUCCGCAACCUCAGAACCCCUUUCUAAAUUCCAGUUGGUUUAGUUCUGCCCAUUGUUUGCUCGUUUUGGGGAAGCGUAAAUUUAUCCACCGCCAAAGGCGGAAGUAUAUAAUUCUGGCGUCGUCCGUCCGUCUUUCCUUUCGUCCGUCCGGAGCUGUGUCUAGGAAGUGGUUUGGAAUAUUUAAAUAAAACUUCAUAAACGUGUUCACCACUAUAUAUUUCUGUGGCUACGAAAACUUAAAUACAGUACCAUAACCUAAUCUAUUAAUAUACAUUAUUUUAGUGGGUCUUCAAUUUAUGUGCAAAGUCUAUAUCAAAUUGAAAAAUGAAUAAUUCAAUAAUUAAGGGAUAUUCAGAAAAUGUCAAAUUAGUCUAUUCACUAUAUCUCAGUCAUUACGAAAUGGAUUUGAUUCUGACUUGAAGUAGUUGUUCCACACAUAUGAAACAAGGCGCAUAACUCUUGCACCAAUAUUUUAUUAAUUAUGUCCCUUUUUUGCUUAGGAUUAUACUUAUAUAGUGUUUUGGUACACUUUAUCUUUACCAGUCUUAUUACUUAAUAUUUUUGUCACAGACUCGAGCUAUAGUGCAAUAUCUUCAUCCACCAUUGGAGUAAUUAGAUACUCCAGUGACAGCUUUUAAUCUAUUUACUUUUUAAUUAAGAAGGAUAUUUGCCCGUAUAUUGAAAUAUUGUUACUAAAAUUGAUCACUUGUACAAUCGUUGCAGUGAAUUUC